GUAAACAGCUCCAUGAAUGCUCCUAUCUCUGAGACUUCACAAAAAAAAAACUCUUGCAUGCCUUGCAUGCCUAUGUUGUGUAAAAGGAAUACCUCUGUCACCAAUUGAUGUUAGAUUUAUUGUGGAUAGGUGCAAAAAUCUACAACUCAUGGAAAUGUCUCACGGCACCGAUGAAAGAGAUGACGAAUGCCGUCUUCUGGCGUCAGAAUGUGAUGUUUCCUUAUUUAUAUACUAGAAGAGUUAUUAAAAGACGUUGUAAGCUGCUUUGUAAUUCCAUAAUUGAGUUAUUUUACAUGUAUUAAAAAAUUGCACUAAAUAAUAUUAUUGUUAUAUGUUUGAAUGUUAUUAUGAAACCGAUUUGUCAAGUGCAAUAUUUAAAUGAUUAAAUCACUUAGUCAACUUGGCAUAAAUUGUAAAAGCCUCUUGGUCUAUUUCUUUCAGCCACUACAAUGGAUACUGAUAGCAGCAUACCGUUGGAGAAUUUUACCAAACACGUGAACGAUUUGGGAUUGUACUAUAACAUAGCACAAUCACUAUCUGAUGGCCGAAAGCUAGCACUUCUAAAAAAUUCUUGGACACCAUCUAGAAGCUACAAUUUCCCUAAAACCCAUUUUUAUGGAAAGAACAGAGCAUUUUGUUUUGAGUGGCUUACUCAGUUUCCGUGGCUGGUCUACUCUGCGUCUCGGGAUGGAGCAUUUUGCUGCUUUUGUGUUUUGUUUGGACACCUGACAGGAAAGAACAGUGACUGCCUUGACAGACUAUAUAAGAGUCCUUUAAAGAACUGGGUAUCCACAAGCAAGAAGUUCAAGGAACACCAGCUUAAUUCUGAAUUUCACAAGGCAGCAGUUGGUUUUGCUGAAGAUUUCGUUCGGUUACAGAAAGGGAAAAUGCCCUCUAUCUCACAGCAGCUCAUUGAUAUUUAUCGUAACACCGUCAAACUUAAGAGACAGAAGUUACAAUCUAUCAUAAAAACUGUUGUGCUUUGUGGUAAACAGAACAUAGCAUUACAAGGCCACCACGAUGACUCGUCACGCAUAGACGAAGCUUCAGGCAACCCAGGAAACUUUCAAGCACUGCUGAAUUUCAGAGUGGAAGCUGGCGAUAAAGUGCUAGCAAAUCAUUUUGCCAACGGCCCAAGAAAUGCAACAUACCACUCUAAGACAAUCCAAAAUGAAAUCUUAGAAGUGUUAGGCACUUACAUCCAAGACAAGAUCGUUGCAGGGAUCAAUGAGGCAGGUGCAUUUUCCCUACUGGCAGAUGAGGCAAGUGACAGCAGUAACAAGGAACAACUACCACUCGUUCUAAGGUUUGUCGACAAAGAAAGAAAUGUCAGAGAAGAAUUUGUUGGGUUCUAGGAGUAUGAA